CAAGUGAGGCUUGGCCAUUUUGCUGCAAAUCCUGGGAAAUCUUGCAAGCAUAUUCUUGAAUCAAAUGACUCUAAAGGAGAUGGGGAAUACUGGAUCGAUCCCGAGGGCAAAGGAAACCCUUUGAAGGUCUACUGUGAUAUGAAAACUGACGGAGGUAAGUGAAUGGUACCAAGAAAUGAUACCACACAAAAAUAUGCGUCGCAACCUGUUAUGUCCUAAUCCUCAAAACGAAUCGAGAUAUGAACACUAUUUACAUCUAAAAAAUCCAUAAGAUUUUGCAUUUCUACCUAGAAUACUUUAGAAUUGAUGUGAGAUAUAUCGUCGUUAUUUAACUUUGUUAGGAGGCUGGCUUCUUACAUCCAUCUUUGAGGUAGAUAGCUCGACCGCUCUUCCCGCUUGGACCGGCGAGCCAUCGUACCGCGGGAUCAGCCAAUUCACUAAUCACAAAAUGGGUAUCACAUUAAGUGCCAUGAGAGAGCUCAGAAGACACUUGUCUUUCACCCAGAUGAGAUUCCACUGCAGCAAACAACAGGGACGUACGUUCCACGUGACCACUGCCGCUAACAACUCUGGUGAAGCUGUAGUCCAGUAUUUCAGCGGUCAGACGAAUACCCUGCCAGACUCGUGUCUCUCUUUUGUUAGAAUGAAAGAUGACAACUCUUAUCUUUCCAGGUAUUGUGCCAGAUGGGGAAACAACGGACGUUCGCAAUUCGUAGGGAAGUGGGGGCAUAAAAAUAAAGCAGGCGAAACACGUUUGUACGAUCACACUGCAUUUGUUGCUAAUCAGUAUCACUGGAUGACAACCUCUGGAAAACGCUUGUGCGACGACAAGAACGGUGAUACCUUUAUAACUUUGUCAAAGGGAGAUUUUUGGAAGAUUUUUGUUCGUUAA